AUGGCAAAUUCUUCAGAACAGUUGCAGUUAUUAAUACAGCAGCAGCAUCAAAUGUUAGCUUCGCAACAAAAACUAUUGGAAGCACUUUUGGGAAAACUAUCUAUCCAACAAGAGAUUCCAGAACAUAAAAGUAUCGACUCAUACCUUAAUCCAGUUUCAGAAUUUAUAUUUGAUGCAGACAAUGGUCGCACUUUCGAAGCAUGGUUUGGCAGAAUUGAAGAUAUUUUCCGAGUUGAAUUUGCUGCGAUAGAUGAUGCAAAGAAAGUCCGUCUGCUAUUACAGAAACUUGGUCCUAAUGAGCAUCAAAAGUAUAAAAAUCAUAUCCUGCCUAGACAUCCGCGAGAAGUUAAUUUCGAUGAAACUGUUAACAUCCUAAAUAAAAUGUUUUGUGAACAGUCGUCUUUAUUCCGUAUCCGGUAUAACUGUCUACAGCUGACUAAAGAGGCUGAUGAGGAUUAUACUACGUACGCCGGAAGAGUAAAUUUACAAGCAGAACGAUUUAAAUUAAAUGUGUUAACCAGUGAUCAAUUUAAAUGCUUAUUAUUUAUUUCUGGUCUGAACUCUCCUGUUGGUGCUGAUUUUCGCAUGAAGUUGUUAUCUCGUAUGGAACAUGAUGAUGAAAUGACGUUACAAACUAUCACCACUGAAUGCCAACGAUUAAUUAACUUAAAACAAGAUACAGCUAUGCUGGAAACCAAAAGUGCUGCACCAUCUAAUUCUGUUCAUGCUGUUAAAACAGGUCAAAGACAAAAUACUAACAAAAGUCAUAAAUAUUACUCGAAAACUCCUAAACCUGCAACUAAAUGUUGGUAUUGUGGUGCGUGGCAUUUCUCAAGAUUUUGCCGGUUUAGAAAUCAUAGAUGCACUAUAUGCAAUAAAGUUGGCCACAAAGAGAUGGUCUGCCGAACUAGAGAAAGUUUGAGAUCAAAACGAAACAGACGUCCGCAUCAGUACCAAAAUAAGUAUAUAAACAGCGUAUAUUCUACAUUGGCUCUAAGCGUAGCGGAUAAAAGAAGAUAUGUGGAAUUAAUUGUUAAUGGUGUUCAUAUUCGAUUGCAAUUGGACACAGCGUCAGAUAUCACACUAAUCUCGAAACGAACGUGGUAUUUAAUUGGGUGUCCGAAAGUAUUACCAACAGAGCACACUGCACGGAAUGCGUCCGGAGAUAUAUUAAAACUUGUGGGAAUGAUAAAAUGUUCUGUUAAAUUCCAAGGUAAUUACUUUACAGGAAAUUGUUACUUAACGAACAGACAUGAGUUAGACCUUAUUGGUAUAGACUGGAUAGAUAAACUGAAUUUAUGGGAUGUACCAUUAAAUGAAAUAUGCAUAAUGAAAAGCACGAAUAAUCCUAGAGAUCCACCCACAGUUCAUGUUACCAAGAAAGUUGUAACGAUAGAAGAUCUUUUGCAGAAACAUAAAAACUUGUUCCAGAAUAAAUUGGGAUGCUGCACAAUUGAGAAGGCAAAAUUAUACCUACGACAGGAUGUAAAGCCUGUUUUCCGUCCAAAGCGUCAAGUUCCAUAUGCAGCUAUUGAUAAAGUCGACAAAGAAUUAGACCGACUAGAGAAGCUCGGUGUUAUACAACCUGUUAAUUAUUCGGCAUGGGCAGCACCGAUUGUAGUAGUUCAGAAAGCGAGCGGAGCUAUUCGCCUUUGUGCAGAUUUUUCAACAGGAUUAAAUGACGCUUUACAAAAUCAUUCAUACCCAUUACCUUUGCCAGAGGAUUUAUUUAUUAAACUGAACGGUGCACGUUAUUUUGCUAAACUUGAUUUGUCUGAAGCUUACUUACAGGUGGAAGUUGAUGAAGAUUCAAAAGAGUUAUUAACCAUUAAUACUCACCGUGGACUUUAUCGAUUUAACCGAUUACCGUUUGGUGUUAAGCCAGCUCCGGCAAUUUUCCAGCAGAUAAUGGAUACUAUGGUGUCUAACGUCGAAGGUGUAGCAGUUUACUUGGACGAUAUUAUAGUUGUUGGCUCUUCCACGCAGGAAUUAAUGCGUCGGUUAGAUGUGGUGCUCACUAAAAUAUCACAAGCCGGUUUUCAGUUACAAAAAGAGAAGUGUGAUUUUCUGCUCGAGUCUGUCAAAUACCUUGGAUAUAUAUUUGAUAAAGAUGGUCGUCGACCGGAUCCAGAUAAUAUAAAUGCUAUCAAAAGUAUGCCCAGACCAACUGAAGUUACAACCCUUCGUUCAUUCUUGGGGAUGAUUGGUUAUUAUAGUAUGUUCGUACCCCAAAUGUAUAAAUUGCGACACCCAUUAAAUCAACUCUUGAUGGCUAAUACAACAUGGCACUGGACAAAAGAAUGCCAAGAUUCUUUCGAUGAAAUAAAAAGGAUUUUAUCUUCUAAACUGUUGCUGACUCAUUAUAAUCCUAACCUUGAAAUAAUUGUAGCCGCCGAUGCUUCAAACUAUGGAAUCGGAGCUGUUAUUAGCCAUCGUUUUCCUGAUGGCAAAGAAAAGCCAAUUGCUCAUGCAUCCCGAACUCUUAACUUAGCUGAGCGGAAAUAUAGUCAGAUUGAGAAAGAAGGACUAGCUUUAGUUUUUGCAGUAAAGAAAUUUCAUAAAAUGAUUUAUGGUCGUCGAUUUACCCUUUUAACGGACCACAAGCCGCUCUUAUCUAUAUUUGGAUCAAAGUCUGGUAUUCCCGCGUAUACAGCAAAUCGAUUACAACGCUGGGCUAUCACGUUGCUUGCUUAUGAUUUCCAAAUCCUAUAUAAAUCAACUGAAAAGUUUGGACAAGCCGAUGCUUUAUCCCGAUUAAUCGCGAAUCAGAAGCAAAAAAGCGAAGAUUCUAUCAUCGCAACGAUAUCGUUAGAAAAUGAUAUUCACCAUAUACUGCAAGUUGCCAUAAAAGCAACGCCGUUAUCUUCUGAAGAUAUUAAACGCUAUACCCAAGAAGACGAUGAAUUGAAGCAGAUUGUUAGAUACCUCGAACAUGGUUGGCCUGCCCAUAUAGACGACAAAAAUAUUGAACAGUAUUCCCACCGGCGAAAUUCUCUAUCACUUGUGGAUGGAUGCUUGAUGUUUGGAAAUCGAGUAAUUGUUCCCACAAAUUUACGCCGUAAAGUGAUGUCACAACUGCAUGCCGCACACCCAGGGGUAGCACGGAUGAAGGCGCUUGCACGUGGGUAUGUAUAUUGGCCGAACAUUGACGCUCAGAUCAAAGAAUAUGUUGAGAGGUGUUCUGCGUGUGCAAAAGCUAUCAAAGCCCCUCGGAAGACAGAAAUGCAGAGUUGGGGGACACCAACAAAACCGUGGUCAAGAGUACAUGUGGAUUUUGCCGGUCCCAUAAACGGGAAACAGUACUUGGUGAUUGUUGAUGCUUUCUCAAAAUGGCCAGAGAUCCACUACGUUAAGUCGCUUUCGACAAAAGCUACUAUCGAUAAACUGAGACAAGUAUUUAGCUGCUUCGGGUGUCCAGAUGUAUUAGUAUCUGAUAAUGGACCACAGUUCACCUCUGCUGAAUUCUCGAAGUUCUGCGUCGUCAACGCCGUUAAGCAUAUAAAGACACCCCCAUACCAUCCGCAAUCAAACGGUCUAGUCGAGAGGUUCGUAGAUACAUUUAAAAGAGCAAUACUUAAAGCCGAGGGGGAAGGUGAAAUAGACGAGACGAUUCAAAGAUUUCUACAAACAUACCGAGCAACACCAAACCCAACAACAAAUAAUCAAGAAAGCCCAGCAGAAGCAAUUUUUGGAAGAAAGAUUAGAAUACCUAUAGAACAAAUGAAGCCGAAACCUAAAGCCAACCUCCACAAGAACAGACGAAUGGAACAGCAAUUCAACAAGCGGCAUGGUGCAUUGCCCAGAAGGUUUAAGGUAGGACAAGCGGUAAUAA